AUGAACAGAGAAUUCAAGAUUGUUGUCUUGGGAUCAGGUGGUGUUGGCAAGUCUGCCCUCACAGUACAAUUCGUCCAAGGUAUCUUUGUUGAGAAGUAUGACCCAACAAUUGAGGACAGUUAUAGAAAGCAAGUUGAGGUCGAUGGUGUUCAAUAUAUGUUGGAGAUCCUUGAUACUGCUGGUACCGAGCAGUUCACUGCCAUGAGAGAUCUGUACAUGAAGAAUGGCCAGGGAUUCGUGUUGGUAUACAGUAUCAUCUCCAACUCGACAUUUGGCGAGUUGCCCGACCUGCGAGAGCAGAUCCUGCGUGUGAAGGACUGCGAGGACGUGCCCAUGGUUUUGGUCGGCAACAAGUGCGACCUUGGCGAUCAGCGCCAGGUGUCCACCGAGCAGGGCCAAGAGCUGGCACAGAAGUUUGGCAGCUGCAUCUUCAUGGAGGCUUCGGCCAAGAACAAGAUCAACGUCGAGCACAUCUUCUUUGAGCUCGUCCGUCAGGUCAACCGCAAGAACCCCCAGGGUCCAGCCAAGAAGGAGAAGUCUCGUUCCAGCCAGUCAGUAUCAGCCAACAACAACAAUAUGUACGCCCGGCCAACAUGUGGUUGGCCAAUCAAUCCCAAGAGGAGGGAGGAUGAGGUCAUGGCGCGAAUCAACUCAACCAACUCAUUACUCCAACCAUUGAUCAAGUGA